CGGUGUCAUACCCUGCAUAUUCUGGUCAAGCUCGUGUCUGUGCUUUACUGAGCACUUUAGGAUUUACUGACAGUGACGUCUGCAGAGUUUGUUCACGGAUUAUUUUACCUCAUGUGCAAUAUGACCUACGAAGAAUUUUGUGGCGAUAACGGCACGGAAAGAAUGGACUCUGUGGUGAAGGCACUGGAGGAGGUGCUGACUGCUGCUUUACCUCAGGGCUGCAUCACAGUCGGAGUUUACGAGGCUGCAAAGUCACUCAACAUAGAUCCAGACAACGUGGUCUUGUGUCUUCUGGCUACAGAUGAGGAGGAUGUCCAGGACGUUGCCCUUCAGAUCCACUUUACGCUGAUCCAGGCCUUCUGCUGCGAAAAUGACAUCAACAUUUUGCGAGUGAGCAACAUGAGACGGCUGGCGGAGAUCCUGGAUGGUGUCAAGCCAGUGGGAGGAGAGCCAGUAGACCUGCACUGCAUCUUAGUCACCAAGCCACAGUCAUCUGCAUGCAAAGAUCCAGCCUUGAGCAAACUAAAUCGUUUCUGUAGAGACAGUCGCUGUUUGGAUCAGUGGGUGCCCAUCAUCAAUCUGCCUGAGCGAUGAGAGCGAGCAGACAGUUCACACUACCAAUCACAAAAGCUAGUGCACCAUUUUUGCAUAUACCUGCCUCAGCGGACUGUCUUUACAUUGCCCAAGGAGGAUGGCAGGAGGGGGGGAAAUAGACAAACUGCAAGGAACAAGGAAAUCUAAUCCACCAGCAACGCUUAUCAGAAGCAUGGGGAUUUUCUUUCAGGCCAGAGAGCAAGACAUGAACAGGAAGCAUGACUCAGCAGGAUGUUAGCAGUGUUGACACGGAAGAACAGCUCCUGCUUUUCUGGAAUAAUGACUGUACUGGAAAUCUAAGGAACAGAAUAAAUCAGAGUGAUUGCAGCAAGCACAACUCAGAUUGAUGGAUUAAUAAAUACCUUUUCAAAGCAGAAUGUUCUGGAAACAUGGAGGGAACUUUUAACUUAUUAUGUUUAAUUAUUACAUUUAAUUAUUCUAAUUAUUUAAAUGGGGAAAUAGUGUUUUUGGUUUUGCAAAACAGACAAGUUUUGCAAAGCUUUAUGUGUAUUGUUAGCGUUCUCUUCGUUUGUCAGUUUAUUGUGUUAAUUUAAAGACUUGUAUUUAUGUUGCAUUGUACAGUUUUGUAAAACUGUUAAAAAUUAAAUAAAAUGAGAAAACA